UACGGAGAGUAGCUGUGAUAGGAGAGUUACGGUAAGACCCUUGUAUCGCGAGAUUUGCUGAGAGAGAGGAUCUGUGAGCGGGACCCUUCAGUUUAUAUCGGAGAGGAGAGCAAGAAGCAGUCAAGAUGGAUGAAAUUGAGAACACGACAGUUCUGUCCACUCUACAGUCAUUUCAUACAUUUAUCUCUCAGCCAUUUGAUGGCACCCCACCUGCCGCUAACACGUCCAAUACAUCUGGAGCUUCCUUACAUAUGCAGUUCAAUCAGAGAAUUAUGUUAGAAGAACAAGCCGCCCAGAUCUGCUCCAGGUCACACCUUAUCCAAGUGGAAAGAGAAAAGCUUCAAAUGGAGCUUAGCCAUAAACGGGCUCGAAUUGAGUUUGAGAAGGAAGCCAGCACAAACACUAGGAACUUUGAGAGGGAGGCAGACCGGAACCAAGAUCUUCGGAAUCAGAUCAGAGCGCUGGAGGAAAAGGAAGAAGAGUUACAAAACAAACUUCAGGAACAGAAUGAAAUGAACAAGGCUUAUAAGAAGACGAUUGAAUCGCAGAGCAAGAAGCUGCUAGAAAAGGAUAAUAAAUUGGCAGAGGUUAAUGAGGCUAUGACCGCAUUGAAAGGAAAGGUGUCGGAGCUCCAGCUGAAAAUAAUGAACCAAGAAAUGGAGAUAAAAACGCAAGAGAUGGAUAAACAAGAGAUGAUGGAACAGCUGGAUAUGCAUCGCAAAAAAUUGCAAGACUGCAGCCAGUUAACGCAUACACUGCAAGACACGCAGGCAGAACUUUCAGAUGCUCAGUUAAAGAUUAAGACCCUGGAGCAGCAGUUGUCUUAUCAGGAGCAAGAUGCUGCAAUUGUGAAGAGUAUGAAAUCUGACCUGGACAGAUUUCCUAAGCUUGAGAGAGAACUGCUACAGCUGAGAGAAGAGAAUGCUUACCACAGGGAAAUGAAGGAGAAUAAUGCGCUAUUGAAAGAGGAGGUGGAGGGGCUGCACAAAAAGCUUGAGCGAUAUGACCGGAUGAAAGAAGAAAUGGUGGCCGUAGAGAUUGAAAAGGAAAAAACUUUGAAGAAGUUAAAAGGCUGGGAAAAUCUGGAGCAAACAACUGGUCUGAACCUCAAGACUCCAGAUGAUCUCUCCAAACAGAUCCUUUCCAUACAGCAGCGCGAGAUUAAGUUGAAAGAAGAGAAUUUGACUAUUACAAACAGUGCCCGAAUGUUAGAAAAUGCCCGGCAGAAACUGCAGGAUGAGCUUCUGAAAGUGCAAAAUAGCUUCUUAGAGGAGAAAAAGAAAAGAGAAAUGCAGGAUGCCCUUGUAAGGCGUUUCCAGAAGAGGGUGCUGCUGCUUAGUAAGGAGAGAGAUGGAAUGAGGGCAAUCCUGGAUUCCUAUGACAGUGAGCUGAGCCCAUCUGAACAUACACCUCAGCUCACCUGCCGUCUCCGUGAGGCUGAAGAAAUGCUGCAGAAAGUUCAUGGGCACAAUGCUGAGAUGGAGGCACAUGUAUCUAAGGCCCUGGAAGAAGCUGGGAUGCAGAAGCAAAGAGCUGAACUUCUAACAUCAGAAGUGAAACUCUUGAAGUCUCAGAUGGGUACAUCAGACCAGAGCCUCUCCAUCAACAAUGAGACUAUCAACUCUCUAAGGUUGAAAAUUGAGGAGCUUGAAUCUGAACGUGGCCGGCUAGAGGAGGCUAACAAAGUCCUGGAGAUGAAGCUGGAGAGACUAUGUCUUAGCGGUUCGUAUGAUCCAGCUGAAGUAAAGGUGGUUCAUCUGAGCAUCAAUCCAGCUCAGAAAGCUCAGAAAGCUGAGAAGCAACGUCGUAAAGAGGAAGUGCAGCAACUGCAGGAUGAGUGCAGUAAGCUGAGAGAGCUGGUUAAUGUAUUGGAAGGAGGAUCGCCUGUCCCUGUCAAACUGGAGGCUGCAGGGACCAUUCAGUCAUCUUCACAGGAAGUUUCAGAAUUGAAGAAACAAGUAGAAAGUGCUGAGCUGAAAAACCAAAGACUUCGUGAAGUCUUCCAGAAAAAAAUCCAUGAAUUCCGGACUGCAUGCUACAUGCUGACCGGAUACCGUAUCGAUAUAACUACUGAGAACCAGUACCGUCUGACCUCCAUGUAUGCUGAGCAUAAGGAUGAUAAUCUGCUUUUUAAGUCAACAAGCCCAAGUGGUGGGAAGCUACAACUUCUGGAAACCAGCUUCUCCUUGACCUUACAUGACUUCAUUGAUCUUCACCUCCAUCACCAGAACAGUAUCCCGGCAUUCCUGAGUGCCGUCACCUUGGAUCUCUUCAGCCGUCAGACCUUCACCUAAAGCAUGCUCAAUAUAUGGCCCUAUAUGUGUGUGUGUUUGUAUCAGUAAAUUCAAGUUAGAUCAGAUAUUGAUAAGCGUGUAACAAACUAUAGAACAUACAUUUUUAGCUAACGUUAGGAGUGGUAAGCACAUACAAUUUGCUGCAGCUGCAUUUAUAGAAUGUAAUUACUUGUUUGUAUACAAGCACUCCCCUUACUGCCCCUGUGAAAUAUUUUUUGGCAGUUUGCCUUCUUUACAACAAAUAGGGCCUACUCAUUGUUUUCGAAAACAGUGUAAUCAAGUUUCUAUGGGCAACACUUGUACUUCAAUCCAAACCCCAACCAACAUUUGUUUGGGUAGGGUGGAGAAGGGUUCGAUUGUCUGUUGGUUGUUAAAUAUUUUCUGUUGAGAUUUAUCUGUGAGAUUGUAAAAACUGUCUGUGUUCUCAGAAACGUUUCUUCUCUUCCUAUUCUGUCUGACACUCAUUACUGGGGUAGGAAGCGAGGGGGUAUCUAUUUUCUGGGGGCACAGACAGAAACAAAAGACCAACAAAGGAUCUAACUCUUCUUCACUCUUUAUGUUCCUGUUGUGGGUAUCUAACCUCACCUCCUGUCCUGUCUGUCAUCCAUCAAAUACACUGGAAGUGAGGGAAAAAAAUCUUCUAUAUGGGGACAGAGCAAAAGAAAUAAGUUGACAGUAAAUCCAACCCUUCUACUCUAUCCCUCCACAUCGUGCAGGUAGACAGACUUUAAUGUAUCUCUGAGAUUUCUCAGCCAUUUUUGGGAUCCAGAACACCAAAGAUAUUAAA